GCCAGCGAGCCAGCCCAGCGCCUUCUCCUAUCCCGACGGCCAGGAGCAGGGGCGACGCCCACCCCUCCACCCUGGGGGUGCCCGUCGGGGCUAGAGACCGUGCUCCUGCCCUUCGCCGCCCGUCUGGGUCGCCUGAUGCCCUGGGGGCUGCUACCCCGAUGCCCGGGGCUUGGGCUGCCCCCGAGGACAACUGCAGCCUCUUCCCCUUUUUCUCGGAGUUCAAGGGCGCCGACCGCGUGGCCCUGACCGCCCUGGAGACGGCCGUGCUGGCGCUGAUCUUCCUGCUGGCCCUGGCCGCCAACGCGUGGGGCAUCGCGCUCCUGGCGCGCCGCAAGAGCCGUCUGCGCGCCUCGGGCUGCCUGGUGCUCAACCUGUUUUGCGCCGACGUGCUCUUCAUCAGCGCCAUCCCGCUCAUCCUGGUGGUGCGCUGGACCGAGAGCUGGACGCUGGGCGAGGCCGCCUGCCACCUGCUCUUCUACCUGAUGAGCCUCAGCGGCAGCGUCACCAUCCUCUCGCUGGCCGCCGUCAGCCUGGAGCGCCUGGUCAGCAUCGUGCGCCUCCGGCCCCUGAGACCCUGCCGGGCCCGGGUGGUGGCCGCCGUCCUGCUGCUCAUCUGGGCCUUCUCGGCUCUGGCCACCCUGCCGCUUUGCCUCUUCUUCACCGUCGUGCCCCGACGCACCAGGGACCAGGAAGCAUUCGUUUGCACACUGAUGUGGCCGAGCAUUGCAGGAGAAAUUGCUUGGGAUAUCUCUUUUGCUGUUGUUGUUUUCCUGAUUCCAGGACUCAUAAUCAUCAUCAGUUAUUCAAAGAUUUUACAGAUUACGAAAAAAUCAAGAAGACGUUUACAUGCCAGCAUGGCCUAUUCGAAGAGAAACCACAUCCAAGUUUCCCGACAAGACUUCAAACUGUUGCGGACUCUCUUUGUUCUGAUGAUCUCGUUCUUUGUCAUGUGGAGCCCAAUCAUCAUCUUCAUUCUCCUCAUUUUAGUACAGAAAUUUCAUCCCGAUUUGGCUAUUUUGCCAUCUGUUUUCUUCUGGAUCAUGGCCUUCACAUUUGCCAAUUCUGUGGUUAAUCCUGUUUUAUAUAACGCAGUUCACUUCAGACACGAAUGGAGACGAGUCUUUUUCUGUUGUCUAGGUCAAUCUGGAAGAAACGAGACUACACCAGACACAACCUCUAGGCACAAUAACAAUGGACCUCUUACCCUGUCUGUUAUUUCCAGAUAGCUGUGUGUUGUUUCUGAUUAGGGUUAUCUCACCAGCCUUUGAGUGGUGCGGACUGAAAUAAGCAGUCAGGAAAUACAAAAAGGUUCAAAAGAUCAUGUUUCAUGGUCCUGGUACAGAAUGUAAUGGUUUUGGGAAGUCUGUUAGGAUGACUCAGAAAAUGAUCUUGUGUGUAGCACUCUUGUCUCGGUGAGGUCCAAGAAGUGCCGCAGCUGAUGAAGAUCAACAGAACUUAAAAACAGUUUCAUUAAGAGCAGAACUGAGGUUGAAAUUUUACACAGACUUCAGGUCAGGGGGAAACCCUCUUGCCUGCAAGUCAUAGAGCUGCUUUUUAAAAUACCAUAAAAAAAGAAAAGGAAUACAUGUGGAAAUGAAACAGCCUGGUGUUCACCUGCUGCAUUUAUAAAAAGAACCGAGCAAGUAAAUCUGAGCUGCUGGAAACUUUAUUGGUUGUUUGAAUAGCUCUGUACUGUUUUUAAAGUCCCAAAUAGAGCAUGCACCUUCAUUUUGUGCUCAGAUGGGGUAUAUGCCUAAUACACAGAAUGAAGUUACAUAUAGGUUUCCAUUUGCAGUGUACUCCAUUACCACUGCUGGUGGAGCAUCAGGGUCACAUCUACAGUGCCUGGUAGAUGACCAGCUCUGGAAGCACCUAUCACCAGUUGGUCAGGGGAGUAAGGGAUAAGUGCAGUGGUGGGAUUCAAAUAAUUUAACAAUUGAUUCCGGUGGCGGGAUUCAGAUAAUUUAACAAUCAGUUUAGGUGGUGGGAUUCAAAUAAUUUAACAACUGGUUGUUUACAAGCACCAUUUUAACAACUGGUUCUACCGAAGUGGUGCGAACCUGCUGAAUCCCACCACUGGAUGAGUGGGUAAGUGAUAUCCUCCUUUCCAGCUUCCUAACAAGAGUCACAUGAUCAUCAUCAGAUAGGAAAUGAGCAGGGAGUAGAGGGAGCUCUUCAAGGUAAGCAGUGAAUGUACAAACUCCUGUUGAACUCCUGUUUGGGCAGUAAUUCUUCUUAAACUCAGUGACAUUUAAUGCCAAUUAAAUCAUGCUGCAAGUUACCACAAUGGUUGACUUGGCUCAGGGAUCUAAAUACAGUUCUUUGGAUAAUGGGGGGCUUUUAAAAAGUAGAUGUUUAAUAAAAAUGUAAAGAAAAUACAAGACAUUUUGUAAUUCUAUGAGUGUGCCCAUCCCCCACACCAUAUCCCGCAAAUUAAUAGAGAUAUUGUACACCACUAA